CCCCUGCUCUUCGGAAUCGCGUCUGGAGACCCGGCUGCAGCCCGGGCUCCGCGGGCUCUGAAGGCUCUGAAGCAUGUACACCCGCAGCAGCGUGCUGGGCUCCGGGCUGGGCGCCUCCUCUUCCUCCCGCCCGGCCCAGGACCCCCAUGGGCAGCGCGGGGGGCUGGGCCCGCGGCCAGGCCAGAGACCCGGUUUGGAGGCAGCCCCCGGGGGCCCUUCGCGGGAGAGCACGGAGCACGCGGGCCACAGGCGAACAGGCGCAUAUACUUUGAUAGCACCAAAUGAAAACCGGAGAAAUCAGAUACAAAGAAUUGCUGCGCAGGAGCUGGCUAACCUGGAGAGGUGGAAGGAACAGAACAGAGCUAAACCCGUGCACCUGGUGCCCAGGCGGCUAGGUGGAAGCCAAUCAGAGGCUGAAGUCAGGCAGAAACAACAACUCCAACUGAUGCAAUCUAAAUACCAGCAAAAGAUAAAAAGAGAAGAAUCUAUAAGAAUCAAGAAGGAAGCUGAAGAAGCCGAACUCCAAAAAAUGAAGGCAAUUCAGAGAGAGAAGAGCAACAAACUGGAGGAGAAAAGAAGACUUCAAGAAAACCUCAGAAGAGAAGCAUUUAGAGAGCAUCAGCAAUACAAAACUGAGGAGUUCUUGAGCAGACUGAACACAGAGUUGCCAAACAGAAGUGUCUGUCCGACUGCUCGUCCUGACCCACGAUCCUCCACAUGGAAACUUCCUGUCCUGCCUAGGGAUCACAGCUGGGCCAGAAGCUGGGCUCAUAAAAAUUCUCUAAAGGAGGAAGAAAACCAAAAAUUGCAAAAGAUGAAGGAUGAACAACAUCAGAAGAGUGAAUUACUGGAACUUAAGUGGCAGCAGCAAGAGGAAGAGCGUGCCAAAAUCCACCAAACUGAACACAGGAGGGUAAAUAAUGCUUUUCUGGACCGACUCCAAGGCAAAAGUCAGCCAGGUGGCCUCGAGCAGUCCGGAGGCUAUUGGAAUAUGAAUAGCGGCAACAGCUGGGGUAUAUGAGAAAUAUUUACUUCUAUUUGGCCUUCACCAACUGACCUUGAAAAACCUCAUGAGAUGCUUUUCCUUCAAGCGAUUUUAUUCAGCCUCACUGUUUUUACCUUGACUUCAAUUGCCCACCCACUCAACUAAGCGGUCGGGGAUGACCGGUUUCUCCCUGUCCUUAUUUUUGCAUGUUUGCCAGAGCUGAUUACUGAACUCAUAUUUAAUCUCUACUGCUAGUGAAAUGUUACAUUAUUUUUCUAAUUGGUUUUGCCUCUUAUUGGAAGUAUAAUUAGAGCAAUGUUAGUAAGAUAGAAAAUGAGGGAAUUACUUCAUGCUUUCAGGUUAGCAAGAGCUGUGGGCGCUACAGGCUCAUCUCUCUAAGCCACUAAUUCUUACCUACUUCUCAGAUCAGGUUUGGGGAAGCUUUGGGACCUUUUUGGAUUUUAAUCCCUACUUCCUUAAUCCAGGGCAUGAAUAUGAACAAAAGAAAAAAAAUCUUAUAUUCUUUUAAAGAAAUGUAUGAAUAAAUUUUGUACUGCUUCU